ACCAUUGAAUGAAUUUCAACGGCAUCACGUCUUUCUCAACCAACGGAGAUUCAGUUGUUUUCGAACUAUUCUUUGAAUAACUAAACUUUUAAAAUAGGAAUUUACUUCUAGUUCAAAUAUAUCUGUGAUAGUUUAGGUAGUAAACAGUGAAACUUUUUCAUUCAAGUAGAUAACGCCCAACAAUCAUUAACAGCCACGCGGUUGAAGAAACUUGUUUCCACUAAUCGAAAUUGUUCUUACAUUUUUUAAAUAAAAAUGAAUUUUGAACAAAGAAGGCCUCCGAUUUUUCCGUUCUAUAAAUUAGAAAGUGAUAGUUCAGCUUUGUCAAAUGAAGACACAGAAAGUGUUUAUAGCCUUCAAGAUGUUGAGACUGACUUGGUCAGGGAUUCUUCAGAUACAGAACAGUUUGGCAGCGAAUAUGAGGUCGAAAUCGAAUAUGAAGUUGAUAGUGCAUCAGGGAGUGAUUCUAACUCUCUGCUUGACACUUCUGGAGACUCUGACGUUGAAAGAGAUAUGUUUCUUGCAGCAGCUGCAGCCAUCUGCGACAGCACUUUUGAACAAUGGGUGACUGAUGUAGAAGAUUCGGAUAAUACUUCAUCCGAAGACACUUCUUUCAACAGAACAGAUUUUUGGACUUGUGUGAAGUGCAAGUCCCAGAAGAAUAACCCACUCUUUUGUUACUGCGAGAAAUGUUUCCAGGAUAGAAAAACAUUGUUUCCGCCGAGACCGAAACCUAGGAAGCCGAAGAAAAACAAGAAACCUGAAGCACCUGUAAAGUUGGACACUUUACGAUCUUGCCUUAAAGGAUUGUCCCAAGACUCAGGCCUAGGAAGCAGCCAGGAAUGUCCUCCGCUGGAAUUAGAUAAAAUUGUCAUACCGGAUCAUCUCACAGGAAAUGCAUCUAUUCCUUCUUCGUCCUACAAUGAAGAUGAUGUUAUUCCUUCUAGUCAACAAAAUCCAGAUACCGAUAAGUCGUCUCCAAGUAAGCAAGUAACUUUAAAUGAUAUAGUUAAGAGCAAUUCCAGUCGCAAACGUCAAGCGUCAGAAAGUAGCUUAUCUGAUUUCGAAACCAAGAGACCUAGAUGGAGGGAUCAAAAAAAAUCGCCUAAAAGAGAUAAAUCUUCAAAUAGUAUAUCGGGGUCGCCUACUAGAAAAAGAAAGUCCACUUCUUGCGAACGAGAGUUGUAUAUAAAAAAAAUUAAGUCUUAUCAUCAUCAGUCACUGCCUUGUUCGAUAACUCAUUCAGAAGAUGAAAUGUUACAACCUCAGAAAACUAUUUCUAAUGGUAUUUCUGCGUCUCAGGAAUCUAUUGAUGUUUCUGGUAAAACUUCAGAUCUUGGUUCAGAAAUAAGUUCAGGCUCUGGAAUAUUUGAUAAGGCAGAAGAACUACAUGCUCCUUUGGUGGAUUCAAAAGAAGUGUGCAUGUUUUGUAAUACUUCACCAAUUAAUGCUGGAUUUCUUCAUGGGAAUAUUGCCCACAGGUGUUGCUGUUAUAAAUGUGCGAAAAGAACAUGGAAAGCUAUAAAAAGAUGUCCAAUGUGUAAUCGCAAAGUCAACAAAGUAAUAAGAGUUUAUUGAACAUGAAAUUUGUAAUAUUAAUUAGGUGUAUAGAAAAAAUUAUUUAUUUAGUAGAUAGUUAUUUAAAAAAAAAAGUAUAUAUAUAUUAAAAUGAAGAGUGUACUACCAAAGAAUAUUAUGUUCAACAUAAAUGAAGUGCAUUGGCUAAAUUAUGUUUUAUAGUUUAUAGAUUUGUUUUGUCAAUUUGGUCGGUUCAUAGAUUUUUCUUUGAAACAAAAAAUGUGCAAUAAUUGUUUUACGUGUAUAUAGUAGAGUAACGCUUUCUUUUGUUGUUAUUUCAAGUAUAGCAUCUCAAAGGGAAAAAUAGUGUCAGGCAUACAAAUUCUCCCAUUUUCAUGUAAAAUGUGUUAAGAGUAAAUAUUGUUUGACCAAAAUUAUUUUGUUUGAAUACAGCCUUUGCAUUUCAUACAAAUUCAUUGUUUUUCAUAAUUUUAUAGCACUCUUUCAUUUAAUUAUUUUGAUUGAUAUUCAAUUAAUAAUAAAAAAUUGCCUUUUG